AGUGAGCGAGAAGGUUGGAGGAGCAGAAGGAACAAAGCAUGAUGAGGACUUCACCGAGAUGGAAAAGAGGGUGGAUUCUACGGCUCGAGCGGUGCUGGACAUCAUGACAAAGACCACAGAGUACCUGCAGCCAAACCCAGCCACCAGAGCCAAGAUGACCAUGAUGAACUCCAUGUCUCGUAUGCGAGGCCAGGAGAAAGGGCCGGGCUACACGCAGACCGAGACCAUGCUGGGAGAGUCCAUGCAGAGGUUUGGACGGGAGCUCGGAGAGGAGUCCACCUUUGGUGUUGCUCUGAUUGACGUUGGCGAAGCCAUGCGUGAGCUAGGUGAGGUCAAGGACGCUCUGGACAUGGAGGUAAAGCAGAACUUCAUCGAUCCAAUGCAAAACCUCCAUGAAAAAGACAUCAAGGAGAUUCAGCAUCACCUGAAGAAACUGGAAGGCCGCCGCCUAGACUUUGACUAUAAGAAGAAACGUCAGGGCAAAGUGACGGAUGACGAGAUCAAACAAGCGCUGGAGAAAUUUGAUGACUCCAAGGAGAUUGCUGAGCAGAGCAUGUUCAACUUGUUGGAGAGUGACAUUGAACAGGUGAGCCAGCUGGCGGCGUUAGUCCACGCCCAGGUGCAGUAUCACACCCGGGCAGCUGAAAUCCUCACGCAGCUCUCCAGUAAAAUUGAUGAACGGAUAAGGGACACCUCUGUCAAACCCAGGAAGGAGUUUGUCCCAAAACCACGAACGUCUCUGGAGUUGUGCAUCAGUGAGAACCUCAACGGGGGCAUCCACGGAGCUCGUUCUCCAGGCGCCAGGUCUCCAGGUGAGCCAGCAAGGUCUCCAGCAAGAUCUCCAGCCAGGUCUCCAGCCCCGCUGGACCAGCCCUCCUGUCGUGCGCUGUACGACUUCGACCCUGAGAACGAAGGGGAGCUAGGCUUCAAGGAAGGCGACAUCAUCACCUUGACCAAUAAGAUCGAUGACAACUGGUAUGAGGGGAUGCUGCAUGGCAACUCUGGCUUCUUCCCCAUCAACUAUGUGGAUAUCCUGGUACCCCUGCCCCAGUAAAACACACCAGCUGGGUCCAUGACAUGUCCCGGCCUUUCCACGUCCACAGUAUUCCCAACGAGCUUCUCCUGAAAAAUUCCUACAAGUAUCCUUCACUUCUCUGUAAACAGAGCUGAGACAGCGACAACACAAAAACAAAGAUGUGAACAAGGUGGUCAAGUGCGAUAACUGAGUGUAGUAACGUUUUGAAAAAGAGAAUAAAUCUGCGUGGAUUGUUUUGCGUCUCCUUAUCCCAGGAGGUCCUGUAGUCACUCCCGCCCUCCUGUUUCUGCUUCUGUCUCAGUUGGCUGUCCGUCCCUCACGAGUUGACCAUCACAGCAACUCCUUCACUCAUUCUUUGUCUUUAUCAAAGUAAAGUAGACGAGGCUUUGUUCCCUGCAUGCUUUAGGCUCAUUAGCAAUUUAAAUCAAGCACGUAGUUUAAACCAUUUUUGGUUUUGUUAUUAAAAAGACACGUUGAAGUAGCAUUUGUUUUAAAUAUUUUUUCUUGUUUUGAUGGUUCAUUUUCUGACACGUGGAAGCUUUUUAUUUAUAGUGCACAUUCCAGUCCCGCCCUGAACAUGUUGUUUGGAGGAGAUCCAGCUAAAGUUCUUCAGUUUGCAUCAUCAUCGUCAUCACAUGUGAAGUUAUCACAGAAACUGUAGCACAUUUCCACUGCAUUGAUCAUUAAAUGAAACAGUUUUGACACCUCGAUUCUGAUUGACAGCAAAGUCAGGGUUUAUUGUAGAAACACUGUGGAUGUCUGAACAGCACAAGACCGAAUGGAGACACCCCCCACCCCCAAAAACCCCAACUAGCUCAGACCUCCAUUUAUACCUUUCCGUGUGCGUUGGAGGCUUGUACAAGUACAGUUGUCCACUGUACGCCCAGAUGUUCUGACACCUUGUUACUUCUCGUAAGAAUAACACAAAAUACAUUUUUAAAGAGGAGGUCAGUUUGACCCACAAGCAUGAGGGCCCACAUUGAGGGGCCCUCUUAUUACAAGUGAUUGGUCCACACAUUUCAUAACUCGUCAAUCAACACAUGCUAGUUGAUUGGUCAUACACAAAAACUCGAAUGGAUCAUGUUUCUUAUUUUAUAGUACACAUCUGAGCCACUUGAGUGAUUCAAAAGACCGAUUGGGUCGUUGCUUUAAGUAUUUAAGAAAUAAUCUCCUCCAGGAUCUCCUCCAUCUUGUCCACCAGGAUGAAACGUGGGUUUGUUCUGAAGCUGCACGUCAGUUCGCUGCUGUUACCUCACGUUGUUCUGCAGUUUCAUACGGUGAUGCCCGACGUGGACGGAGGGAAAUAAAUUGUGCAAACUGUCAAAGGGAUUGAGGUUACUUUUUUUGGUGUGGAUUUUUUUAUUUGAAAUGAUGCAACUCACAUGAAAAGCCUAACAUUUAGUGGUUAUAUGAUGAAAACGAAAACAUUUGUCUUUUUCCAUUUUGCACUAAAAUUUAAAAACUCGAAUCAUGUUUUAUUUAAUCAACUGGGGGGCUUGACUCACUCAUCAUCUGAGGCUUGAUUCUCUUACACACUGGCAACGCAUCAAACCUUCAUCGUACCAGUCAACACUUUGUUUUCAUGUCAGUACUCUGCACAGAUUCCUAAAUUCAGGGUGUGGGUUUAGGUUUGUGUUCAAAUUAUGCACAGGAUCAGGGUCACGGACGACCUCUGCUGCUGCUGAGGAGUUUAAGAUUUACUGUCUCUGGCAGGGUUCACAUCACAAUAAACAGAAAAUCACUUCACACCACUCAGCUACAAUAAGAGAUGCAAACCCAACAGAUGUUAAGUGUUACUUUUUAUUUGUUAUGAGGAGGCACAACUCGUAACGGGCGGUGUUUCUCCUUCACUACAGAAUAAGUGAUGCAGUGUGAGCAGGUCAUGUAUUGAUUAAUUUUAAAAGCAAAAUAAGAUCUUUGUUUUUUUGCUUUCUUUUAUUUUUUAUUGUGUCUAUCUUUGCCCUCAAUGAGGACUGUACAGCUUUCUUGUGUGUUUUGAUUUCACCUUGUGUGUAUAGUUGCGCAUCGACAGUAACGUAUCUUAUUUUUGUAACUGUGACUAAAGUAAACACAUACAGUAUAGGUGUAUUUAUAAAUAUAU